AAAGUGUGUGAUCGACAGGGUCUGGAACUUCUGCAAAUUUGCAGUGUAAAAUGGAAGAUUUUAUGUCUUGUUCUUCCAUCAUGAAAUAAGUUAAAUUAAGUUUGAAUAAAUAUAAAAAAUUAUAUAAAUUCCUUUUUUUAGGCGGAUACUUUUAUACAUGCCUAAAAAAAAGCCUCCUGGAACCCUAUAUGUCUGGUACAGGGGUGCUGGAAGAUCUAAGGGCUAAGAAAUUUUGACUGCCUAAGGUGUCCUGAAGAUUGGACUGAAGAAUGAUUGAAGCUGAAUAAAGGAUGAGAGGGGUCAGCUGUGAUCUUGGCUGCACGUCUCUGGGUCCUAGAGAGGUACAGCUCCUGGAGAGAUGGAAGACUGCAGCCGAUCACCUUCUCAGCAGAGUGGAUGACACACUGAAGCUUGGCCUUGUCCCUGGCUGUAGCUGCAGCAAACCAGACUGUGAUGGAGGAUGUGAGGAUAGAUUCGAUGAUAGCGGUGUAGAAGUCCACCAGCAUCUUCUCAGGGAGGAGAAACUUCUUCAGCUGCCGCAGGAAAUACAUCCUCUGCUGAGCCUUCUUAGUGAGGGAGCUGAUGUUCUGCUCCCACUUGAGCUCCUGGGUGAUGGGAUCUCCAUUGUUCACUCAAGUCUCUCAAGUCAAUUGACUGGCCUGGAAGCAGGAUGGGCUUUUUGUUGCACCACACAAAAAAAUUCACAUGAGAGAUUAAAAAAAAAGACAGAGAGUGGAAGGAUUACAGAGAAAGGCAGAUGCACAAAGCUGGACCCCUCUCGUUUUUCUGCUGUUCUCUCCCCAUCCUCUUUUUAUCUCCAUGGUGCACAGAUAAACCUGGCAAGGCCGAAGGGGUCUGAUAGAGAGGAGCUCGGUUACAAUGGGUCGGUCUCCAGCUCUCCAGAGCUUUAA